UCAACCUUUCCGACAAUCAUCUGGGUAGUUAUUUAGAUUUCUUUCUGAAAUAUUAAAUAGGCAAAAGGCAGAAAUGCGGAGAAAGGUCACACCGAAAAAAGCCUCACCCAGGGGCGCUAAGGGAAAUGCUAACAUCAAUAUUAAAGCAAGGGGGAAAACACCGUUAAAGGCGAUAAAACAAACAGGCAGACCUUCCCAAACUCCGACUGGGAAAGGCCUGGGGAAAGCAGGAGCCAAGCGCUUGGGUCGACUCCUGAAACGGGCCAUCAUCGUCCCGGAGGAGCAGCAGGAGUCCACCGGGAGGGAGAAGCUGUCCCUCCCCAAGACUCCUUUUCGUCUUUUCAAGCAUCAGAUUCAGUCUGAGGCUGAGAAUGCCAACACAGCAAAGCCUGACGUCCCCCAGCUCAUCCUCAGCGUGGUUUCCCACUGCAAACACCGAGGGGGCAUCUCCAUGGCAGAGCUCAAGCAGGCGCUGGCUGCUGGAGGCUACAACAUCACCAAGAACAACAGGCGGGUGAACGUGGUGACUCAAAGGCUGGUUGACGACGAGACACUGGUGCGAACCAGAAGGAAUGUGUCGUUCAGACUCAACAAUAAGGACGACACCAAGCAAGUACAGACAAGAAGUAUGAAAUCCCCCAAACGAAGAGAAGAUCUGAAGCAGAGAGAAAAAGUCAGCAAAUCCUCUAAAGAGGCAGAAAAGUCACAGGGACAGACCAGAAGGACUCCCAAACCUAAAGGCAAGACUCAUACACCUGCAGUCAAAUCGAACAAACUAGCACGCAAGACUCGGAAACAACCGACAAAAUCCCACAAACCAAAAGGCAAGACUCGUAAACCUGCAGGUAAAUCGCACAAACUGGCAGCCAAGACUCGUAAACCAAGACGGAAGACACCCAAAGCAAAAAGAAAAUCACCAAAGCCGGCUGGAAAGAAAAGCAGAUCUACAACAAACCAAGUUGCACGGGUUAGAAAAACACCAAGGAAAGCGCCAAGGGCCCAGAAACGUCGACCAAUGCAAAACCGUCAUCCGUAUAAAUCCUCCAGGAAAAGACCGGCACCAAGACGGAGACCACGAGUAAAGACACAGCAACAUCGGGUCGCCAGGAGAAGAGCUUACUAUUAUUAGCUUCUAGAGUAAUUAAUGGUGAGCAACAAUAAACUCAAACCUAUCCAGCAACCUGAAUAUUGUAUAUUGUCUUCUGAUGCAGCCAUCAGAUGAGUUAGACUUCUCUGGGUACUUUAUCAUCAUGUUAUGGUUUGUCUCUACAGUCAUGGAAAAAAAUAUUAGAC